AUGCAUGGUCACACCGGCAAGCCUGAUGCGUGGGUUUAUCGACCGCUUGUCGGCGAACCGAUGGGUCGAUUUUAUUCUGUACGACGCCUUAUUGCGCUAGUCUUUGUAUUUCUUUUUGUACUUGCUUGGCAUGGCACCUCUUCAAACUACAUUUACUGGGUGCUGUUGAAUGCGCUGGAACUGUGUUUGGAAUGGUUCGGAGCGGCCAUGUCGAAGACCGACUACUGGCACAGAAUCCAGGAUGCUUUGGGCCCCCGAGGCGAAAAGCGACUAAUUGCAUUUCUGAUGCUUGCCACCGUUAUACCCGGGGUCUUUGGUGUGUUCUUUUUCUUAAGUCGCAAGGAAAUUGGCAAUAUAAUUUUUGAUCGUCUGCUUAUUAAAACGAUGGGUUCACUGCAACGAACGAUUCUGAAUUUACCUGGCCGGUCAUUGAGACUGAGUGUAGUGGGGAUUCAUUUUCUAGUACUCGGAUACUGCUUCAAUCAUGUGUGCCUUGAACUUGAUGAAUACUUCAGUACCAAAAAACCUAUGAAACAUGAAGCCAAAAAGAAGCUGUCUUGA